AUGGGUUUAUUCCCAGACGCUGGCAUCUCAGAAGUGGCUCAGAUCCGACUGGUGAACAGCAGGAGUCGCUGCGCUGGGAGGGUCGAGGUGCUUCACAACCAUCAUUGGGGAACCGUGUGUGAUGGUGGCUGGGACUUACAGGAUGCCGGAGUUGUAUGCAGGCAGCUGGGCUGUGGGACGGCAUUAUCAGCCCCACGAGGGGCUCGAUUUGGGCGAGGAUCUGAGCAUAUCUGGCUGGAUAACGUCAACUGCACAGGGACAGAAGCUGCCCUCUCCGAUUGCAGGGCUCGGCCUUGGGGAGACAGUAACUGUACCCAUGGAGAAGAUGCUGGUGUCGAGUGCUCAGAUGCUGGCAUCUCAGAAGUGGCUCAGCUCCGACUGGUGAACGGCACGAGUCGCUGCACUGGGAGGGUCGAGUUGCUCCACAACCAGCUCUGGGGAACCGUGUGCGAUGACAGCUGGGACUUACAGGAUGCUGGAGUCGUGUGCAGGCAGCUGGGCUGUGGGACGGCGUUAUCAGCCCCAAGAGGGGCUCGAUUUGGGCAAGGAUCAGACCGUAUCUGGCUGGAUGACAUCAACUGCACAGGGACAGAAGUUGCCCUCUCCGACUGCAGAGCUCGGCCUUGGGGAGACAAUAACUGUACCCACGGAGAUGGUGCUGGUGUUGUGUGCUCAGAGCAGGCGUCCCAGCAGCUGUUUGCUUUGCCAGAUGUGAGGCUGGUAGGUGGCCCCCACCGCUGUGCCGGGCGGGUGGAGGUGCGUCUGGACGGGCGCUGGGGCACCGUGUGUGACGACGGCUGGGACCUGGGUGACGUGGCCGUGGUGUGCAGGCAGCUGGGCUGCGGGCCGGCCUUGGAAUCGCUGAGUGGUAAAGUGUUCGGCCCGGGCAACGAGUCAGACCCUGUCCUGAUGACGAAUGUGGAGUGCCAGGGGACAGAGGCGGCGCUGGGGAGCUGCCCAUACGAGGAUCCAGGGGACCUCUGCCAGCAUGAUGAGGACGCAGGGGCCCGUUGCCAAGGCGCUGGGGUCUCCCCGCGCAGCCCCAGAGCAGGCAUCCAAGCAGCGGCAUUUGCUUUGCGAGAGAUGAGGCUGGUAGGUGGCCCCCACCGCUGCGCUGGGCGUGUGGAGGUGCGUCUGGACGAGCGCUGGGGCACUGUGUGUGACGACGGCUGGGACCUGAGCGAUGUGGCCGUGGUGUGCAGGCAGGUGGGCUGUGGGCCGGCCAUGGAAGCGCUGAGUGGUAAAGUGUUCGGCCCGGGCAACGAGUCAGACCCUGUCCUGAUGAUGAACGUGCAGUGCCAGGGGACAGAGGCGGCGCUGGGGAACUGCUCGUACAUGGAUCCAGGGGACCUCUGCCAGCAUGAUGAGGAUGCGGGAGCCCGUUGCCAAUGUGCCUCCUCAGAGCCCUUCGCACUGCGGCUGGCGGACGGCCCAAGCAACUGCUCCGGGCGGCUGGAGGUGCGGUAUGAUGGGCUGUGGGGCACUGUGUGUGACGAUGAUUGGCCGGUGUCCAAUGCCCAAGUGGUCUGCCGGGAGCUGGGCUGUGGCCCAGCCGAGCCAUUGGCCCCAAAGCUGCAGGACCAGCCCCGCUUUGGCCAGGGUACGGGGAAAAUCUGGCUGGACGACAUCCGCUGCAAAGGCACCGAGGAGACCUUGCAAAACUGUGCCCACCACUUCUGGGGCUUCCACAACUGCACCCACUGGGAGGACAUCAGCGUGAUCUGCCAGGUGCAUGCCCACACCCAGGGAGAGGGAGAUACAGGGAGCCUGUAG